AUCGCUUUUUCGAAAAAAUCCGUCCACAGUCCCAACACACACUGUAGCGAAAAGGCGGUCCCGUGUACGGGCGAGAUUCGGUCAGAAACUGUUUUGAGGUUUCUUUCUUUUUUCAUCGACCUUUCCGCCGAUUUGAUCUUCCGGUUAGAUUGCGUUGUUCGAUGAUUUCUCACAAGAACGCUGCGAGCGCUGUCAGUGGCAAGACUGCCAGAGCCUGCGACAGCUGCAUCCAGAAGCGGGCUCGAUGGUACUGCGCUGCGGAUGACGCCUUCCUUUGCCAGUCGUGCGACGCGUCGGUGCACUCCGCCAAUCCCCUGGCUCGGAGGCACGAGCGGGUUCGGCUGAAGACUGCGUCCCUGAGGAACCUCAAUGAAUUCCCUAAGGAGAAUAAGGAUUCCGCGCCGUCGUGGCACCGAGGGUUCACUAAGAAGGCACGGACCCCGAGGCAUGGAAAGGCCGUACUGUCGGUGCGGAACCCAAUACCUCUUGUCCCUGAAUUCGGGGGAGAUGAAACUUCGAAUGAAGAGAACGAGGAGCAACUGCUUUAUCGGGUUCCCGCUUACGAUCCUUUUGCUUCCGAACUCUGCUCAUCGAAGGAAACGGAGAUUGUUGCACCCUUUGACUUCAACGAAACUAAAGGGGUUCCUGUUAGGUACGGGACUGGGGCGGAGCGUAUGCAUGGUUUUCUUCCAUCUGACACGGACCUUGCAGAGUUUGCAGCCGAUGUCGAGAGCUUGCUGGGUAAGGGGCUCGAGAAUGAGUCUUUUGGAAUGGAAGGACUAGGGCUGAUGGAUUGUGAUAAGGAGAGGGAGAAUUCUCAGGAUUGCUCCUUUGGGAGCGAAAAAUUAGUAAAGACUGAAGAUGAGGGCGUACUGGCCCCAGAUGUGGGCCAAGACAACCAAGUCGAUGCAGAGAUUGAUAUUUCGAAGGAAACAUUCGAAUUGAACUUUGACGACUAUUGUUCUCCAACGACUUGCGGAGAGGAGGAGGAUGAGAAGGUAGCCGAACCGGAGGCUCACGCAAAUGUAGAGAAUCCAGUCAAAGAUGCAGCGAAGAAGAGGCGGAAGAUUUUCUUGAAGCUCGACUACGAAUCGGUACUCGAAUCUUGGUCAAGCCAAGGCUCACCCUGGACCUCCGGUGAUCGGCCCGAUCUCAACUCCGAUGACUACUGGCCUGACUGCUUGGGACUUUAUGGAGGAGAAGUUCAUAACCAUCACGGGGAGCUCGUAGGAGGAGGAGGAGGGUAUGGGGGACACAUGGGGGUGGGCAGCACAGCAGGGAGAGAAGCCAAAGUUUCGAGGUACAGAGAGAAGAGGAGGACAAGGCUGUUCUCUAAGAAAAUAAGGUACGAGGUCCGAAAGCUCAAUGCAGAGAAGAGGCCAAGGAUGAAGGGGAGGUUCGUGAAGAGGGUUCCUUUUACAGGACCUACAUCUUUUCCUUUACUCAGCAAGUAGAACUGGAGCUGGUACCAAAUACCUUCUCAGCACGUUCGAAUAAAUCCCCAGUUCUCUCGUCUCCAAGAUCGUUAAUGUUAAGGUCUUACUUGCGAAGCUUCAAUGCUUCGAGGAAGAUCAGCACUCGGCACACACUUGUAAAAUAGGUGUUAUUGUAUAGCAGUUUGGCCUGUGUAUAAUGACACGCCUAGUAUAUCUGCCGAGUUGCUCGAUCAUAUAUUAAGUGGAAAAAUCCUUAGGAGUUUUAUGAUAAUAAAUUCUUCAUUAGCAUAUAACAUAUGUAUAUGCUCUUCUUAUGAUCUUUCAUUGCUUUUGCCUCUUCGAACGUA